UAAAACUUUCUCCCUUUCGACAAACUUUCAUCGUCACUACUCACCACCGUUUUGCACAGCAGUCCCUAUCGCGCUUCCAUUGCCUCCCAUCGACAUUUGCCACUGGUCGUUUGGAGCGCUCGUGGUGUCUAUUAUUUCUUUUCUGUCAUUGUGCACUACUACCGAUCAUGUUGUCGCCCUGCUGUCGCUGGAGGCGUUAGUCAACUUUUAAUUGGAGCAUGGAAUAACACUAUAAGCCGAAAAUCAGAUUGCCGCCCAACCCUCCAACCGCCGAUGCUCAUACGCCGCCACGCCGUAUCAACGCCUACCGACAGUUCCCGAAAUCUCGUGUAUAAGACACAGUUCAGCAAGUGAUCCACGUCCAAAAAGUCAUGGCUUUGCGUUCAAUGACUAGAAGGAUUGGAAGUAAACUUUUUCCAAUGUUUUCUUCUGCCAAUCUAUUACAUUCACAUGCUACAAGUUUUGGAUUCAAAGAAGUGCCUGAAGAGGAAAAAAGCCGACUAGUUGGUAAUGUCUUCAGCAAUGUUGCUUCAAAUUAUGAUCUGAUGAAUGAUUUGAUGAGUGGUGGAUUGCAUAGAUUGUGGAAAGACAGGCUUGUUUCCGAGCUAAAUCCUUUUCCUGGAAUGAAGCAUCUUGAUGUGGCUGGUGGUACAGGUGAUGUUGCUUUCAGGAUUCUAGAGAGUAUUAAUGAUGUGAAACGUAGAGCAAUGCAAGAUGUUCGGGAAGAUGAUUUGCAGGAACAAACUCAAAUAUAUGUUUGUGAUAUCAACCCACAUAUGUUAAACGUUGGUAAAAAGAGAGCCAUUGAGAGGGGUCUGGGAGAAGAAGGAUCUCUUAUAUGGUUGGAAGGAGAUGCAGAAGCUUUACAUUUUCAAGAUAAUUCAAUGGAUGGUUACACAAUUGCAUUUGGAAUUAGGAAUGUUACUCACAUUGAAAAAGUUCUAGAUGAAGCUUAUAGGGUUCUAAGACGAGGAGGAAGAUUUCUUUGUCUCGAGCUAAGCCAUGUUGAAACUCCUGUAUUUAAGGAAUUAUAUGACUAUUAUUCCUUUUCUAUCAUUCCAGCCGUCGGAGAGCUAGUUGUUGGGGACCGGGAAUCUUAUCAAUACUUAGUUGAAAGCAUCCGUCGAUUUCCCUCACAGGAGAAAUUUGCUUCCAUGAUCGUCGAUGCAGGCUUCCAAAAGGUCGAGUACGAAAAUCUUGUUGGAGGAGUGGUUGCUAUCCAUUCAGGCUUGAAGCUUUAGAACUUAGCUAGCUUUUGCUUCCACUUAUAACUUCAUAGCCAAUAGGUUGCUUCACUUGUGUCUGAUCUUUUCAUCCAAUAAAAUGUCCAAUAGAUGUUAAUAUAGUCGAAUUGUUUUUAUUCUUUUUCCUGGUUAAGAUUUAUUUAUUUAUUGAUUUUAGUUACAAUGAUUAUUGGGAUGAGAGAUCGAACAGUUAACUUCGAAGGAGGGAAUACUUUGACUAGUUGGCUAAUGUUUUGUUAGUGUAUUUAGAAAAGUAAAAAAUAAAAAUAUGGUCAUAAGUACUUUUUUUUAAAUAGGAAUACAGAAGUCAAGUCAGUAACGAAUGGGUUGAUUUAGUACAUUACAAUUUAAUUUGUUGGUAGUGUAAUCUUAGUUGUAUUUGAGGGCAGAUAGUUAUUUUAAUUGAACCUAAAGGGUCAAUACUUUGUCUAAGCA